CAGACAUGCAAUUAAAAAAAAUAAAAUAAAUAACGAGAGAAAAUUAAAUGCGGAAGAUUUAAAGGCAAAGAGGAGUCUUUCUCGCUUCUCUUGCUCCGAUCCGCCACGUGGCGUGGCCAACGUUACUCGAAAGCUUCUUUUCAUAUUUUCUUGGCAGUCUCAACGGCCAAAUCCAACUCGUUUGAUCUAGACGUUUUGUUUGGAGCAAAAGAAAACCGAUUCUUUGGUGUGAGAAAGUUUUCAUAAAGAGAACAAAGAUAUCAAAGUGUUUUAAACGAAAAUGGGGUUGAUUUCGGGGAUUUUGAUGGGGAUGAUCUUCGGCAUUUCAUUGAUGGCUGGUUGGCGUCAUAUGAUGAGGUAUCGAAGUACUAAGCGAAUCGCAAAGGCAGCUGAUAUAAAAGUUCUUGGGGCUCUCAACAGAGAUGAUCUAAAGAAAAUUUGUGGUGAUAAUUAUCCUGAAUGGAUAUCUUUCCCUGUCUAUGAACAGGUGAAAUGGUUGAACAAGCAAUUGAGCAAAUUAUGGCCUUCUGUUGCAGAGGCAGCAUCAGCAGUGAUCAAAGAAUCUGUUGAACCACUCUUGGAAGAAUACCGACCUCCAGGAAUUACUUCACUAAAGUUUAGUAAAUUGUCUCUUGGCACCGUGGCUCCCAAGAUUGAAGGUAUUCGUGUUCAGAGCCUUAAGAAAGGUCAAAUCACGAUGGAUAUCGAUCUUCGGUGGGGAGGUGAUCCGAGUAUAAUUUUAGGUGUUGAAGCUGCACUUGUUGCUUCAAUACCAAUUCAGUUGAAGGAUCUUCAAGUUUUCACAGUUAUUCGUGUCAUCUUUCAACUUGCUGAAGAGAUUCCUUGUAUUUCUGCUGUAGUUGUUGCUCUGCUUUCUGAGCCAAAGCCUAGAAUUGAUUACACUCUGAAGGCUGUUGGUGGAAGCUUAACAGCAAUUCCUGGAAUUUCAGAUAUGAUUGAUGAUACCGUGAAUUCAAUUGUCACAGACAUGCUUCAGUGGCCGCACAGAAUUGUUGUUCCAAUUGGUGGUAUGCCAGUUGAUACAAGUGAAUUAGAGCUUAAACCAGAGGGAAAGCUGACAGUUACGGUAGUCAAAGCUAAUGAUUUAAAGAACAUGGAAAUGAUCGGAAAAUCUGAUCCUUACGUGGUUGUGCACAUUCGGCCUCUCUUCAAGGUUAAAACAAAAGUCAUUGACAACAACCUUAAUCCUGUUUGGAAUCAAACAUUUGAGUUGAUUGCAGAAGACAGAGAGACGCAGGCACUAACUGUAGAGGUUUUCGACCAAGACAUUGGGCAAGACAAGAGAUUAGGAAUUGCAAUAUUCCGGUUGAUAGAACUGGAGCCAGAGUCACCAAAGGAGGUUAAUCUGAGCCUUCUAUCCUCACUUGAUACACUUAAAGUAAAAGAUAAGAAGGACAGGGGAAGUUGUACCCUUAAGCUUUUGUACCAUCAGUUUAACAAGGAGGAACAGUUGAUUGCUUUGGAAGAAGAGAAGAGGAUCCUGGAAGAAAGAAAGAGAUUGAAAGAAGCAGGAGUCAUUGGAAGCACAAUGGAUGCAUUUGAUGGAGCAGUGUCACUGGUUGGAUCUGGUGUUGGUAUGGUGGGUACCGGUAUUGGUGCUGGAGUUGGAUUUGUGGGAAGUGGUGUUGGUGCAGGAGUCGGGAUUGUUGGGAGUGGCUUUGGAGCUGUUGGCAGUGGACUUAGCAAAGCAGGAAGGUUCAUGGGCAGGACCAUAACAGGGCAUUCCAGCAAAAGAAGUGGAGCCUUAACUCCAGUGAAUAGCAUCCAAGAAAAUGGUGGUGCUAAGCCCCUUUAAAUUCCAAUUCUGAAGCAUGUAGUGUUUAAACACAAAACAGGCAAUGCUUGUUCAUUAUUUCCUGCUUCUGUUCUUUCUGGUAGUCUGGAAUUUGAUUGCAUGUAUGUUUUUCAUUCUCCAAUAUAGUGAUAGUUGUAUUAUCCUGUAUUCUAACCUGUAUGCAUGUAACUAAAUGUGUAAUAAUCGUUUGAAUAUGAUUCAAAGUUCCUACU